UAAUGUCAGGACCUGUGUUUAAGGCAGCAGCCAAAUGGACUGGAAGAAAGAUCAACGUUAAGAAUACAGUAGUUGAAUUAGAUGGAGAUGAAUAAGCAAGAAUCAUUUGGAAAAUGAUCAGAGAGAGAUUGGUUUUGCCUUAUUUGAAUGUGAAUUUAGAAUAUUAUGAUUUGAGUAUGGAACAUAGAGACAAGACUGAUGAUAAGGUAUUAUAUUUUAAUAGAAAAUUAAGGUUACUUUCGAUUCAGGAUAUGCUAUCUUAAAACAUAAGGUUGGUGUUAAAUGCGCAACAAUUACAGCUGAUGAAGCAAGAGUUGAAGAAUUCAAACUUAAAAAGAUGUGGCCAUCACCAAAUGGAUCAAUUAGAGCUAUUUUAGAUGGUACAGUAUUCAGAGAACCAAUUAUUUGUAAAAAUAUUCCCAGAUUGGUUCCAGGAUGGACUUAACCAAUUGUAAUUGGAAGACAUUCNAAGUGUAAGUAUUGCUUGUAUGUUUAUUAUUGGCUAGCAUUUAACCUACAAUUCAUUAUUUUAGAGAUAUAAGAAAGAACUAUUUUAGUAGGAAAAUUAUUUAUUAUAAAAAAUACUCAUUCGUGA